AGGAUGCCGCACGCUUCGGCUGUGCGCUCGUAACCGUUCGACAUCGACUGCAAAUCAGUUUGAAAAUGUCUUUCGUGCGGUUCGGUUAGUGUAACGGGUACAAUAUCCAUCCAGCUGUCGCUUCGGCUUCCACUGGGAACUGGGAAACAGAGAGCCCAAAAAGGCAUGCCAUGCCCCAAAAGUAAACAGCAACAAGAACAGCAGAGUUUCGCAAUAAUUAAAUAACAUUUGCCCAACACACACAAAAUUGUGGCACUCGAGUGCUCGCAUCACAGGGGACUACCCCACUACAAAAAACAAUAGAAUAAACACGAUUCGAGUGAAUGUAUGCCGGCAUCUAUCUAUAUCUAUGUCCAUCAGACAUCACACAUCACACAACAACAAGAAACAAAGAUAACCCGCCGAUGCUCCGUGGUUUAGUGUCAAUUUGCAUUGAUGAACUGUACGCCGGCACUCGCCGUGCAUACGAAAAGAAAACCCAUAACCCAUCCAUAAGCAGCCAUCGAUAAUCAAAGUCUGCCAAGAACUGCCCCCAGACAGAGUGAGAGAGAGGGAGUCCUUUGAAGUCCUCGAACCUUUGUGCGGUGUCUGUGUAAGAGAGUGCGUUGACCCCCCCACAGUGUGCAAAAGUGUGAAAAAGCGCAAAAUAAAUAUUAAAAGCAAAACGUGCGUGGAUUAGAAAGCAUAACCCGUAGAGCACCGACCAUACGGCCGGGCUGCUGCUGGAAGGAUCUGAAAGAGCUCUGCUCUGCUCCCCGCAAUAAGCAGACAUCGCCGCCAGCAGACGGCGGCGUCUGGCGCCGGAACUGUCUAGCGGCGCAGCAGACAGCCACAGACACAGGAGGAGAAACAGAAGAAAUAUCCGCAGAAGGAGCAUCAGCAUCAACAGUAGAACACACACAGGAAAAAUGGCCAGCCAGCGGGAGGGAGCAAGAUGUGCUUCUCGUCGAGGAGCAGGGCUCUUGCAUUCCACAUUCAAUAUGCUGGCAUUCAGCUGGAUUAUAAUCUCCGAGUUAAUGCUCAGUGCUCAUUGCCUAAAGGAUCUGAAGAUAUUCGUGCCGGAGGCCGUCAUCAUGGGAAAUGCAGCGACAUUGUCUUGUCAAUAUGAUUUGGAGCAGGCAGCACUGUACGCUGUACGCUGGUACUUUGGCCAGGAGGAGUUCUAUCGCUAUGUACCCCGCGAGGCCAAGCCCACAUUUGUCUUCGCCGUUGCCGGCAUUAAUGUUGAUCUCACCAAUUCGGAUGCCACGUCCGUCACGUUGAAAGGUGUCACCCGAGAGCUGAGCGGCAGCUAUCAGUGCGAGGUCUCCGAGGAUGCGCCGCUCUUCCACACCGAGAUACGGUCGGCGCACAUGCAGGUGAUUGAGCUGCCCAAAGAUGACCCCGUGAUGCAGGUGGACAAGAAGGUGAUUGGCGCCAACGACCACUUCAAGGCAGUGUGCACUGUGGGUCCCUCCUAUCCGCCGGCGAACAUUACAUGGUACAUCAACGGACGCAAGAUUUACAAAACGCCCUUGCAGCGCAUCACACAGGAUGCGUUUGAAGGCUCGACCACAUACUCCUCGCUGGAGAUAUAUCCGCAUAGCCAGGUGCUGCAGGGCUUCUUCCAGGCGAUGCCCAAGUACCAGCCCAACAUAAUGCUGCUCUGCGAGGUCUCCAUUCUCCAUGUGUUCCACAAGAGCGUCCAGCAGCGUAUCGGGCUGAGCAAUGCGCCGCCAACCACCAUUUCGCCCAAUCUACUCGGCCUCGAGGGCUCCAAGCGGUAUGCCAACGGCGAUCCGGAUAACUCGGCGCUCACCGGCGCCUCUCAGUGCAUCUGCUGCAGCGCCGUGGGCUCUGUCACCCUCGCAUUGGCCACGCUGGCGGUGGCCCAGCUGUGACCGGUAUAUGGAGCAACAUAAACAAUUAUUAUUGGAAAGCCAACGCAGAGGGAGGGAGGAGCAGAAGGAGGAGGAGGAGGCGGCACAUAAAGUGUAAUUAAAAAAUAACAAAAACAAGAAACUAUACAAAAAUAUGAAUGAAUAUGUGGAUGCAAAGUGCUUAAUUGCAACACAAACCAGAAAUAAUACAACAAAAAUAUGGAAAAAGCAAAAAAAAAACAAAAACAAAAAAUACUGGGAGGGGGUAAAAAGAGGAGAAAAAUCAUUGUCAGCGGCUAGUAAAAUGUCCUUGCAUUUAAUAUUGUUUUUUAUUUGCCAUGAAACAAGGGUCGCGCCGCACAUCGCAUCGGUUCAUAGUUAAAAUGGAGGUAUAUUUUCAAUGCAUUCAUUCAGUUGCGCCACGCUACAUGCAACAUUCCGAUAAUAACGAAAUAUAAUAUAAAUACAUUCAUAAGUGAAAGUUGCAAAGAAAGGCUACACUUUUCAGAAGAUCAGGUGAGCGGAAAGGCGAGAUGUUAAAAUAAUGAAUGUAACAAAAAAAAUACAAAAAAAAAAAACAAAAACAAAAGAUAUAGCAUAAAUUGAAUACGUAACAAGGCGUAACGGAUUGUUGUGGAUCGUUGGAGGAGCAUAAAAAUAGGGAAAAGUAAUCCAUAAAUUAAAUUUAAUUAAAAUUAAAAAGAGCCCAACAGCGAAACUAAAGGGAAAAAGGGGGAAAACACACACAACAAUUAAUAAGCAUAAGUCAGAGGUCGGAAUGUUUAAAAACUAUAAGUACACCCUACCACCCUCCAAAACAAGAGAAACGCAGAGCCUAGACACAUAAGCCAUGUAAAUAAUAACUGUAAAAAACAUUUACAAAAUAAUAAAUUAAUACAAAUAAAUCAAUGAACGAAUAGAGAAAAACGAAUAACAGGCACAAAGGCAGCAGCAGGACCCCCGUGCGGAGGCAAAUAUUAAUUAAAGCUAUGAUAAAAAAAAAAUAAAAAAACAAACUAAUUAGUGGCAUAAGAAAAAUCAAUAAAAACAAAAUCAAAAGUGAAUAUCGAGACAGAAUGCAGUUUAAUUGGAUUUAUAUUUGAAUUUCAAUUGUGGCUUUAAUUUUGGGUUUCUAUUUGUUUUCUGUUUUUGUUUUUGUUUGUUUGUUAAUUUAACGGAAGACGAAACUUUGUUCUAGACUAAAUUUACAUACUAAAUGCAAAAUAUAUAUAUUAAAUAAAUACAAUAUAUAUUUAUCUAAUAUUUAAUGUCGAAUCGAAAGAAUUUAGUGCGUAUGAGUCGUAUGUGUUAGGAUGGAUAGGGUUGAGAGUAAAUUCUACUGAAAGUAAAACUAAAAGCCAACUAUUUUUGGAGAUUCAGAUGCUAAAGAACUCUGCAUAGAUUUCACAAAAAAAAAAUAUAUAAAAAAUAAAUAAAAACAUUGGGAUAAUGUCGACAAAAGCAAAACUAUUGUAAAUCAAAAACGAAUGAAAAUCUUCAGAAAUAAAAUGAAAAUUAUUUCAUCGCAAUGUUGCAGAGCGGUCAAAUAACUGAUAAAUCAAAAACACAACAACUGAAUGAAAAACUGGAAAACCAAAACACCCAAAAACUAAAUUUAAAACUAAACUAAAAAACAAAAACACUAAUAAUAAAAUGUAAAAUCAAACUUAAAUACAGGAAACACACAAAAAAAAACCAAAACCGAGAAGAGCAUUGAUGAAGCGCGAUGAAAUUAUAUAUUAAAUAUGCAUAUAAUUAUGGAUAAUUUAAUGGAAGUUAAGCAAAGGCCCCACAAAACGGUCAAACCCCGAAUCAAACCACACGCCCCCUGGAGAGGCAACAAAACGAAAAGAAAAACCAAAAGAAAAAA